AUCCUCAAAUUUCACGCUAUAUCUCGAGUAUUUUCUAUUUCCCCAAUGUAGUUCAAUCGGGGAAAUUGAUCUGAUUACAACCUAACUUGAGAGUGAAGUAAGGAUAUAGAUUAUGAAACCUCGGGCUACAUACGACAUAGUCAUCUAAAUGUUGCAAAUGAAAUGUAUGACCACGGUAAAUAUUUUGCAAUUAAAUCAUAGAACCCACCUCAUUAUGAGUGAGUGUACAUUGUCUUCUGAUACUACGACUUUAACACCAAAUCAGAUAAAAUCUCUCUACUUUAAUAAAAAACAAUGCUCGUUAGAUAUUGUUCGCCCUGUUGAAUAUCUCAAAACACAUUCUAAGUGUACGUUGUUGAAUUUCACAUACACUGCGGGGAGAGAUUUCAAUAGCUGCAGAUGGAGGAAACCAAAUUCUAGACUUUUCAUUUUAAAAGCUUUUCCUGAUAUCAAACUAGGUAGUAGAUAUUCUCUUCCAAAAGAGUCGCAAAUUAUUACUACACGGGCUAAGAAAUCUGUUAAAUAGAUCGAAAUGAAGGGCAAAAGAAUGACAUUCGUUGAAAGAUUUUUAUCGUAAUUCACAAAUGAAUUACUGGAACCAAGAAAUCUUUGGAGGUAUGCACGAUGGUCUAACUAAAUAUAUCCAUAAUUUCGCCUUGUCGGUAAAAAUCAGUAAGAUCGCUAAUUCUACACACGCAUUAGGUCAUAAAUUGGAAUUCGCCAUUUUGCCUCUUGAUGACUUUAUAUUUUAACACCCGUGCAUAGUUGUUGGAACCUGAAGAUAUAAAAUGCCAGUUACAUUGAAAAUAUGUGGCUCACUUGUAAGUUAAAGGUGUCCAAUAUCUCCACAAUUCACCCCCACCCAACCACAUGGCUAUGCGAGGGGCUCGCAGCGCUUAAUCAGAAUAUCUCAGUUUGAAAUUAUCAUGAGGUACCCCGGUAAUUAGCUCUACAGCGAUUAUCAGGAACUGGACAUAAAGUAGUGAUAAAGAUUAUUUUAAAUUUAUUUUGAGCCAUAGAAUAAAUAUGAACAAAUUCUCCAAGGUUCACUAUUCUGUAUCAUGGACCAGCAAUAAAUCAACUCAUACCAAAAGAAUUUGCAACUUAUAUUGGUGCGCAGUAAAUUAUGUAGGGCAAUUGUAAAAAACUCCGUAAAGUUAAAUUGUAUGGUAAUAAGUCUGUAAACGAAGAUCC